AUGAAAAACGACUUAUCGAAAGUAAAAUCUGUUGUAAAUUUAAUCGGCAAUAGAUCCUUAGAAGGCUUGGUGAAAAAGAAGAAAGUGCUUGUUAUCCCCGCCACUGAACCUACUAAGGUGGUGUCACAAAGUGAGCAGAUUCUUGUCGUUCCCGUGGCGAAUUUAGAGGAUGUACGGAAAAAUAUAACAGAAACUGUGAAUGCAAAAACUGAUGUAGAUGGUUUAAUAUCUACAGAUGUUCAAUUUUUUACUGAAAAUGGUGAAAAUGGAUACAUAAACUCGGAAAGUAAAGAUCUUUCGUCUUAUGCAUCGCAGCACGACGAUUUAUACGAAGCAUCAACCGAGACAUUUAAAAGUACGCGGAAGCCGUUCCUUAUCGAUAACAUAUCUCAAGAAAUUCCAUAUUUUAUGCCAAACCCGAGCCAGGAAAUAAUGCCCUCAGAACAUCCACCACUCACAAUAUCGGUACCAAUCAUCGCGUUCCUCGAACCCGCAAAAAUUUCUGAUGAUAAAGUUGACGUGCCAAUCGCGGCAAUAUUACCAAUGCAAGAUGAAAUUUCAAAAUUGAAGAACAGCCAUGACGAAGUUCAACAAAAUGUUCAAAAUUACGAUGAUGAAAGUUCGUGGAGCGUGGAUCCUAAUAAUUGGCGACUUGAUCUAUCCUCUUCGGAGAUGGGAAUGUCACCUUCACUGUAUGAGUCGAGUACAAAACAGAUCAAGUACACGAAUGAUAUUAAUUCCAAAAAUUCGUUGCCUGCUAAAAUGUCUCGUGUUGAUAUUACACCACUCUUUUGGACUUCGGAUGCGGACAUUAACUAUCCCAAAGAUCCACACGAUAUGGAAGUCGCCGCAAAUAUUGUUUUUAGACCAUUCUUCAAAUAUCGACAAGAAAUGCAGCAGAGAUCUUAUAGAAAUCCGACUUAUCGAAGAUACAAUUCUUACAAUUCUUAUCCGAGACGAAAUUAUCGAUACAGACCCUGAUAAUUCCAAUGAUUAUUAUUAGUAUUUUAACGGUAGUGAACGUUCUUUAAUUAAAACAAUUUAU